AUGGAUGGUACUUCCACCCAAGGAUUUAGUUCAAACAGAAUAUAUAGGCGUUGGUUAGCUGAAACCUUUGAUGGUCAUGACACGGCGGAAGAUGAGCUAUCAGAUGGUCUAAAUGGAAAUAAUGAUUUCGUUGAACCAUCUCUUAAAAGUUUACCUUUAAGUUUGGAACCCUUAGAACCAUAUGUUGGCUUGGAGUUUGAAACAGCAGAGGAUGCUAGAGAAUUUUAUGAGCUGUAUGGAAGGCGUGUGGGCUUCACCAUAAGGAAUAAUCGCACACGCCGCUCUCUUAAAGACAACUCAAUAAUUGCCACCAGAGAGGGAUGCAACGCAAUGUUGAGGAUAGCUGCCAAAGAUGGAGGAAAGUGGGUCAUAUAUGGCUUUGUAAAAGAGCAUAAUCAUGAGCUUAAUCCUACCAAAAUGCCACCCCGGCGAUCUCAUAGGAUUGCAUUCUGCGAG